GCGGAAGUGACGUAAGAUCAGGAAGCGCUACUCUCCCCUGUCCGACAGAAGUGAACAGCAACCGUAGCAACUAACAACUAACGCUGGCGGAUGUAUGCGUCAGAAAACCAGCAACUGCGUGUGUUUGAGGAACCGUCUGUGAUGAGCUGAAGUACUCACGCACUUCAGCGUCGGUGAGAAUGAGGUCGAGAUGACUCAUCGGUGGCUUGGACAUUUGUGAUCUGAAAAUGAGACUUGCUCAGUUUGUCAGGCUUGUAAGACCUGCUACUUUACACACAGUAGCAGUUUAUUUCUAACAGCUGCUACUGUACACAUAAACUACACUUGCAUGGAUUGACACCUACAGUAAAUAAUGGUUGUUGCUUUUUGCAUAUCACAAACACUAGAAACUCUAACCACCUAAAAUAUAGUUUUUGAAUGGCUUUUAGUAAAUAGCCAGUGCUGAAAAUGUCACUGGGUGAGCAGUCUCAGAAGUGGUUUCCAACCCAUGUCCAAGCCACUGUUCUUCAAGCAUCUGGUUUACAGCCCAAGGGCAAAAAUGGCACCAAUGACGCCUACACUAUCAUUCAGCUGGGCAAAGAAAAAUACUCAACAUCCGUGUCAGAGAAGACACUCAACCCUGUCUGGAGAGAAGAAGCCUCAUUCGAAUUACCUGGCCUACUUCUGGAGGGCAACCCAGAAGUGUAUGAGCUGUGUCUGAUAGUGAUGCACCGGUCCUUGGUUGGAAUGGACAAGUUCCUGGGUCAGAGGUCCAUCAACCUUAAUGAAAUCUUUGAUAACAAGGAGAGAAAGAAAACAGACUGGUAUUCCUUGGAGUCCAAGUCGGGGAAAAAGAAGAAAGAACGAGGACGUAUACAAGUCAGCAUUCAGUUCAUGAGGAACAACAUGACGGCCAGCAUGUUCGACCUCUCCAUGAAGGAAAAGCCACGCUCGCCUUUUUCCAAACUAAAAGACAAGAUGAAAGGUCGCAAGCACGACAGUGGCUUCAGCGACACGUCGUCGGCCAUCCUGCCCCGCUCCGCCGUAGGUGACUCCGAGCCCAGCCGUCAGUCCAUUGCCCCAGAACCACAAGCCCAACCUGAAGCAAAAGCCAAGAGACCACUGCUCGCCGGGUCCCAUAAACUCUCUGCAGCCCAUUCCAUGUCCGAUCUCAUUGGGAGCCACUUUCAGCCCAAGCUAGACUCCAUUAACUCUAUAGAAGGGAGUACAGGUGGACCUCACAGACGUUCCCAGAGCGAAGUGCCAGGCUACCAGGACGCAGAGGUGCACAGUGACCCUUUCACUGAUAUCAGUGACACCCUGCCACAGAAAUAUGCCACACUCCCACGCAAUCGCAACCCCUUUGAGGGGGAGCACGGGCAGCUGUGGGACCAGGCAGAGCGGAAGGAGAAAAAGGAGAAGGUCAGCCUGUUGGAACGGGUGACAGGAAAGAAGGAAGGCCGCAAGACAAAUAAUGGGGGGCGUUUGGGCAGUUCUGGAGACCUGCGUUCCCCCAACCCCUUCAGUGGAGACUCCCAAGCAGACACUAACCCAUUCAGCUCCAACUACAAAGCCAGUGAUAGAAAGUCAGGAAAUGAAGACAUCAGCUUUGGCAACAGAAAGAAGGACCUUUAUGGCAAGAAAAACGUAAGGACAACUUUAUACAAAGAGCUGAUGGGUCAGGAGGUGACACAAGAAAACGUCGCAGCUUAUAGCAACCUAUCCUUCGAGGAAGUUGUGCAGGAACUCAUCAAGCAAAAAGAGGUGGUUAAAAAGAAAGACGCCCACAUUCGGGAGCUGGAAGACUACAUCGAUAAUCUGCUGGUUCGCGUCAUGGAGGAGACGCCGAGCAUCCUGCGGACCCCCUACGAGCCAAAGAAGAAGGCUGGUAAACUGAAAAAGAAGUAGGGACGCUAAGGAACAGGUUCAGACGUGACGCGCUUUCUAGUGGGAGCUUAUCAGUACCGUGUUAAACUGAGGGUUGAUCAAAGCCAAAUUUAUGAUUGAGUUACAUGUUUAUUUUAGAACAUUUCUAACUAGUAAAUGUAGUUUUUUCCUUUUUCCUCAUUUGUUAAUUUAGUUCAUGCAGUUUUUUCUGUCCUCCUUAUUUAGAUUUUCCUGCAUUUUCAUUUCACAGUGACUUGACGAAUACUUGCUAUUUCGUAGGUACUUAAACACUGGAAAUUCAUGGGUUGAUUUAAAUCAAAUCCACACUUUGUUCUGGAACAAUUAGAAUUUUCUAUAUCAUACGCACUUGUGACUGUUGCGCAUAUAACUGGAGGGCAUCUGCCCAGAAGCUCUAAGGGUAAACACGCAGCCAAGUCCGUGUUGACCAAAUGCUGUAGUUGCUGUUUGCUAGAGACGGUGGUGGAUGAAGAAUAAGCUGUAGUUCCCAUGUUUACACCCAUGCACACGACUUUUACUCACCACCCAUGCUCGCUUGCACAUAGUAGGCAGUAUCAGCUUUGUUUGAAUCAUUUUCUGGGCUUCAGUGGCUGAACUUUGCUCUAAAUAGGUAUUUGUCAAAAAGAGCAAGAAGUAGCUUUUAUGCUUUUCACUUCAAUGACAAUGAUUUACAUUCCUUUUUAUUGUUUACUGACUUGUUUUUUGAUUCUGUUAUCAAGGCUUGCUUUUUCUUGUCUCGCGGUCGUUUCGAUGCUCACUAAGUGCAAUAAUCAUAACUGGAGCAUCUCACUUUAUGUUCUGCUGGUUGUUUACACUUUGAGUUAAAGUCUAGCACAGAUUUAGAGUUCGUGGUUGUAGCCUAUGCAUAUCAAGCAGCCUUCAUCUCCUAGUAGCUCACAGCUUUUGUGGUAUCGGUACGUGUGGUACCUACAGUAGAUGCAGGUAGGGAUAUAUGCAGAACCACCCUCUUUAAAAUUGAUCCCAUUAUUUGCAUACAGUAUGAAUUUAAUUGAAUGUGUUUUAAGGUUCCAAAUGUAAAAUGUGCCACUCUCCCUCCUCUUCCACUAUAAUAAUACUGUACAGUACAAAUCAAAAGAUGACUUUGCGGAUUUAAUGAAGUAUUUAUUUAUUAGACAUACAUUUUAAAUACAACUCACUGAUAUGUGUUAACUGUUUACCCUUUACUGCUGUUCUUGUCACAGUUUCCUUCUAUACUGUGCCUCAGUAUAAUUUCAACAUUCCUUUAAGAUACGUGUGUCGUAUGGAAGUGGUUGUCAUUCACAGCACAAAUACCACACCCUGUUCCAAAAGCCCUGGGAUGCUGUGUAAAAGGUGAAUGAAAACUAAGUACAGCGAUUUUCAAAUCAUUAAAAAACAACCCCUUGGUUCCCUAAUCUCACUUUUAAGCUGCUCCACAUUUCGAGCCCUAUUUUUUUUAUUUGUUACAAUGCAGGCAAACUCUAUUUAUUUGUAACAGACGUUCUAACUAACACUACUGUGGCUCUUUAAGUGUUUUAAUGGUAAUGUAUACUGUAAUUCAGUAGUUUUAUAAUAUUGACUAAUCCGGUCCUUCACAGGUUGCAGGCGAUUUUUCUUUUAUGCAUAAACAUUUUGACUACUUAUUUUGAGAUGUGUCUCUGAAGUUUUUUAUUUUUUUAUUUUUUAUUUUAUUACACUACCUUUCCAGUCUUUUAUAUGCCCAUCCUUAGCCUUUGAGAGACAUGUUACUGGCAUCAAAUUUAAAAUGAACAUUUCCACUUAUGUUUGAUGAAAUACAGGUUUACAAAGAGCAUGUUUAACAUUUUACACAGCUUGCCAGCCUUUUGGAAACAGUUGGACAGUCAGUCUGAAGCCUUUUAGUUCACAUUUUAAUGAUAAUGAACACAUACUCUACUGUACUGUACUGCAGGCCACCUCAGUUUGUAAUGCUGACAUCAUUUGUCUUUACCAUGUUAAACAGUGCACCUUAAUCAUGUUAAUUAUUGUUUUUCUACCAAACAAAUGCAGAGUAAGCUGAGAGAUGCACUGCUGGUACUAAUAUAAAUUAAAGGACGACUCAGAGGUUUUAGUCUAAAAAAAGAGACCUAUUUUCAACCACUUGUUCUGCGUUUGUGCUGAUGUUUAACAAUGUACAGUAAUAUCAUCAAUUGUUUAGUUAACAUGUUUAAUUGUUCAUUUCUGUUUAAUGGAAGCUUCACGUGUGAAACAUGCUUUGUAUUAUCAUAGUUACUGCUCCUCACUCAAAAUUUCUCUCAGCUUUUUUUCACAGCUCUGACAUAACUAACAUCUUCAUGUAAUGAUGAUUUCAUGAUUUUGUUUUGUACUUUGUUUGUUUACAUCUCUCAUAUUCAGAAGAUUUGACCUUUACACUGUAUGAUACCAAAACACAGACAUAGUGGAAUGUCAACAGUUUAAAAACACUUAAAUUCAAAUUCUUCAUGAAUGUUGAACCACUCAAACACAUUUUGUCAUGUACUCCUCCUGAUUGCUUCCUGCUGCUGGGAACAUACUGUAGUUAUUGAAUCUCAAGAUACACGAUCUCACUUGAAGCCUGAAUGUAUUGUGGUUGGCUUUAAAACACAAUUCUGAAACGCAUAACAAUAUACUUUACACUGAUGAGGCCAGUGAACCUUGUUUGCCUUUAAAGUAUUUGGUGUAUCCAAAGACAUCAUUUCAUAGGUGUUUGCUCUGUUUUUGAUUGUUUAUACAGACAAAACACACACACACACUAAUGAUAAAAAAAAUUGUUGACUGUUGUGCGAUGAUGUGACCCAGAGUAAAUUCCUUUGUCUUAGGAAAAGGUUAUCUGAUCUGCAUAUGUUUGGUAAAGCCAAAAAAAAGUUUGAAUCCAUUUGAAAACUCAAGUAUGAGGUUAAUUAAGAAGAUAUGUUGGAUGAAAAUCUGUUUCCUAUUUUGGGAAAGUUUUCACUGGUUGCCUUCCUACAUAUGUUGAAGUGUAAACUUUGUUACGGGCCUCGGAUUAACUGCUUUAACUAGUGUGUACUGUAUUAACUGGUUGUUUAUGGACCUUGGUGAGCCUUAUCUAGUCUACAUUGUAAAAGGUUUCACCUUCCUGGACAACUGCACAGGUUGUUGCAUUAAAUGAAAUUGUGCUUCCUUUAUUGUGUACAGUUCAGUCAAAUUUCAAAGAUGACAAAAAAUCGUAAAAAAAAAAGAAUUAACCACCACCUGUUUUUAUUCAAAAUUUUAAAAUCUGACUUGACAUUGACUCCUGUGAUUUGACUGCAACACUUAUACUUUUUAUUAUUUUCUUCUGUUUCAGACAUUUUGUUUCUUUGCUGUUUUAAUUCACUUGGCUGCCAUUCAAAUGCAUAGCAGUCUAGCGAUGAUCACUCAUGUUUUAUAUUGUAAAGUAAUGCGUAAAGGAUGUGGAACAAGUGAUUUACGCUCACUGUAAGUACAAUGUGCAGAAAAAUUUCAUCGUUUCAUUUAAAUGUUGAAAUAACAAGAGGACAUUCACUGUUUAAAAUAUUUACACCCUGAGUUGAGUUUAAACAAGAAAUAGGUCCAAGUGGUUCCAAAUUAUUAUUUUUGAUUUUUAUUAUGCUAUAGCUGGUCUCAAUAUGAGACCAGUUAUACCAUCAGUAACUGCACCCAUUCCAAGCAUAUUUGUAAUGAGCAAGUAUAAAAAGCACUCAUAGGCAAAAUUUUCUAUAAAACUUUUCUAUGACUUGUGUCACAAUUGCAUUUUAUAUAAAAAUGCCUCAAAAAGUAUGAUUUAAAAAAAAAAACUUUUCACCCAUGCUGACAUGUAAUAAACCUAACCUGAUGGUUCUGCUUGAGCAGGUAGUCAUUGUUUAGUAGUUUGGCAGGUUAAUUCAGGCCCAUGAUGUUUUGCUGGCAGUAAGUCACAUACUGUAAAUGGGUGCAUUUAAAUUCCGGUCAAUUCUGCAUGUUAAUCAUGUAACACUAUGUAACUGCCAAAUGAAAAUGGCAUUUCCUGAUCGUACAACCCGCUCAUUUCACUGAAGUGGGCUUGUGUUUAACGUUACACAAUCUAGGUCGUAACAUUCUACUCAAAAUUAUGUGUAGGUUGUUUUAACAAAUGUACUUUUAUCUGAGACACUAGAUGAGUUUUUUUUGCUUUAGUAUUUUCACAUAACGGCUAAUAUGCAAGACUUUCAUACCUGGAUGUUUUGGAGCGAGAAUGUAUGUCUUUUAUAUUAGUGUGUAUCUGGUUAUACCGGGGAUGGGACGAUGUACAGUAUGUAUUGCAACAGCAGUAAAAACUUGAUAAUGGUAACAGUAUGUAAAGAGCCAACGAACACAUAAUCGAAACAAAUCUAGGGAUGUUGUUAAUAUUUACUCGUUCUGUACUGCUGUUUGUAAUUUUCAGAUAAUAUGACUAUCACUGGAUGUAAUUCAAAAUGCACACACAAGAUGGUAUUGUCCUUUCCAAUAAAGUCACUGCAAUAAAAAGUG